AUGUAUUUUCCAAAUUUGUAUGUUAUCUCAGUUUUGUGCUUCUUACCAUUUAUGAGAUGUCAAAAAGAAUUACACACGGUUUAUCCAUUUACCUAUCAUGUUGAUGUGGCGGGAAUCAACGUCACCAUCAGAAUGGUGAACAGUACAUUAUUGGGAACAGAAAAUGAAAGAACAACUGAUUUUGGAUGGAGUGUUUCUGGAAACAAUACUUUCAUGAGCUACGUCAAUCAUAACCCCAGGCUAACGCACAUUGCAAACUAUACCGCAAUCGGAUAUAUCAGAGUACCUUCAUGCUCUGGUUCUGAUAGUGUUAUGAAGAUAAACGAAACGGGCAUAUCUACCAUCGUAUUCGACAACCAGAUUUUCAGACACCACGUCUACUUGACUAGAAUAGAAAGAAAUGGGGUGGAAGUAUGGAAAGUAUUGAGCGCUCAACUGUGGGGAAAUUACCAACCAGGUCACUUCGAUUUCCAAAACCUCCAAGGCGGAUCAGAUCGCAGAAGGGCGGACAUAUUGUUGAGGAUCAAUAAUUUAUAUCCACAAAUCAUCGAGAAUAUCCGCUCGCAAAUUGACGAACAAUUUACUACCAAAUUAUUCGACCGUAUUACUAGAAGCAUUUUGGAUGGUGCACCAGCAGAUGAGUUGAUGGUCUGCCCAAAUCCACACUAUGGGAAUAUUUAUAAUACUAGUAAUGAUGUUUAUUUCACGCAAUAA